AUGAAGUCUAUUUUCUUCAUUAUUGUUCUCAUUUCAAGCCUUGUUUCAAUGGCUAGAGCAAUUCCAGGCACUGCCACCUUUUACCAGCAAUAUACUCCAUAUGCAUGUUAUGGGAGCACCCCAGAGGGAGUGAUGAUUGCCGCAGCAAGUGAUCCUUUGUGGGAUGGAGGUGCCAUUUGCGGAAAGAUGUUCACAGUUAAGUGCACCGGUGCCACAAACCCAGUCCCUCACCCAUGCUAUGACGGUAAAACGGUCACUGUUAAAAUUGUUGAUCACUGUCCAGGUUGUGGCGGAACCCUAGACCUUUCUAAAGAAGCAUUUGAAUCCAUUGCCGACCCUGUCGCUGGAGUUAUCAAAAUUGAGUAUUGGUAG